AAAACCUCCAGUAUAUUCCGAAUGUCAUCCAAACGUCAUUUCACAACAUUUUGUUUAUUUUUCGAUUGUGUUACCAAAAAUUUCCGCCGGUUAUGUGUCAAAGAACCUAUAAUCCCCCUUUAUAAUGUCCUACUGCAUGUCCCCUCAAGACUUCGACUACCCAUGUUCGAACCGAAACAAAUGCAAAAAUUCUCGAAAAUAUAGAAACGACAUUCACGAACGGCCCGUAAGAGACACCCCAGGCAUCAUAACCGAACCCACCAUUAGCCACUUUCCUCCACCCGAGCCCCCCGGCCCGCCCAGCGACUGGGAACUCCAGUACUGCAAAUGGUCGGGGUGGACUUGGGUGAAAAAAAGCGACAAGGAGGUGUCUCGACCUCAAGCCGAACCGAACCAAUUCUCAGAUUCACCUGCAGAAGUUUCCCGCGCCCAUCAUCAUCCCCAAGAUGAGAAGAAGAAGAAAAAGGGGGGUUUAUUUAGCUGUUUUAAGAAAAGUCCACCGGAGAGCAGGGCUUCGCAGAAUAGAACUGCGGUGUCAAACGGUCCACCCCCAACCCCAAAGCCCGUUCAAACCGAACCACAACCAACCAAUAACGACUUUAAUGACUCGGUUUCGGACGGUUUCGAUGAUUGUUGCUGUUGUGGGAUGGACUACGAGUGCUGUUGUAACGUUUGUCCUUGUAUGACUCAAGUUUGUUGCUGUUGUCCGCGUGAACAUGAACAAGGAAAACGACGGGAAAGCAAGACCAUAGAAACACAAACCGUAAAAGAAAUGAAGGAAAAAGCGACUAAAAUGAGCGAAAUGCACAUACCCAAGCCACGUCCUUGUUGUGGGCGAAGGCGUAAAUGCAAAUGUAGGUGUAGAAGACCAGUCUGUUGUCCUUGUAAACAAAAAACUUGUUGUCCUUGUGUCCAGCCGGUUUGUUGUCCUUGUAAAAGCAACCAACCAAAUGGGAGUUCCUCCAAGAGGAAAAAUGAUGACUCCUCUACAAUAAAUAGUGACAAUAUAGUAAAUUUCUGUUUGGCUAAUUAUUUAGGGAGUAAGAAACCCAACGAUUUCAAAUCGAAUCCCUUAGUAAAAUCAGUCGAUCUCUUGUUGAAAAAUAACAUAAAUAUCAUGAAUCUAUUCAACGACAAAAAAGAGCUGAAACACCAGGCCAAGCCCAUCGUUUCAAACCAAACAAUAAGUUGCCUAUCGUCCGAUAAUCUCAUAAAAAGGACCGACCAGGAGCAUAAUAAAUUACUAACCGCAGUUUGUGAUGCAAUUCUGUCCAGUCACAAAUUCGAUAAUGACAAGUUCAGUUCAAAGCCCCAGUUUACAGAAUCCCGCAUUAAUUUCAAAAAUUCAGAUUCGAAAGAAUCGUUUAAUAUUUUUUCGAGUAAAGAAAUCCUUGGACGGAUUUUGAGCGAUUUAAAUUUUACAAUGAGUAAGGGCCUGGACGGCUCAGAUAUCCCCAAAGAAACGGGGGUACGUAAUAAUGGGGCUCCAAAAAUCGAGAGUUUUUGUUACCCAAGACGAUCCUUGACGAAGUUGAUAAGAAAUAAGAGUCGCAUUUUGGCAGCCCCCCGUUUUCCGAAAAAAAUAGAAGCAUUGCGAAGGCUAGAUUCGCUGAAGUCUGGGCGUGAUGAAUUGAAAAUAAAACGAGGGUUUGGGGGCCACUAUAGGAAAGUGAAUGGGCUGAAAAUGGAUGAUUCUAAGAAGGGGAGGUUCGAUGAGAGUAAAUUAAACUUCACCGAUAUUUUCAAAAAUAGCGAAGCAGUGAAUAAAUUCAAGUCGGAUCAGAAAAGUCCCCAAAUGUGUUCAACGUCUAAACAAGACACCUCCAAAUUGGAAUCUAUAGAAGCGCUCUUGAGGACACUCGAUUUAACGGAUGACUCAACUAGUGUUAAUUUUAAGCCUCAUGAAAAAACGGAUAUUGAAAGAAAUCGACUUGAGACUCUUCUUCAGGAUCACCAACUACAGUUGCUGGACUCGACUUCACCUCCAUUCACCGAUUUUGAUUUGCUUUUGACCAACGAUGAGGGCAGGCAAGAAGUGCAGGAUAAUAAUAAACCAAAGGAGAACUGCAGUAGAUGAUUUUGUCUGUAAUCUGUAAUAAUUGUAUCGUGAAAACAAACUGAACUAUUGCAUACGAAUUUUACGCAAUAGCCCUCGGUUUUAAGAAAAAUUAAUCCUUCGGUGUUACUAAGACGAUAUUUUUGGAUCUUUUGA